UUCCAGAUUUCUCUUCCAACUCCCAAGCUUCCAAACUCUAACAAGGAAAAAGUAAAACCCGGCUUUUCCUUUCCUUGGUGCAUUAUUUAUUAAACCAGUAAACAAAUGCUUUUUCUCUGUACGAUUAACGGUCUCCUCCCGCCCCGCCUCAAUGGCAGCACCGUCCCUUGUAUUCCUCUCCUCCUCUUGCUCUCCCACUCUAUUCGCCAAAUCCUUUCCCUUCUCCCCUUCUCAUCUCACUUCUUCUUCUCCUCCCCCACUUUCUUCUCCUUCUUCUUCAUAUAAUCCCCGCCGGCGCCGGCGCCGGCGCCACUGCCUGCUGCCUCCUCUCCAAGUUGCGGUGCCCUCUUCUCCCGCCGCCCCAACCCCAACGUCUCACGAGGAAGCCCUAGAAGCCGAGGAGACCUCCUCCUUCUCGUCCUCCUCUUCGCCGGAGGAAACUUUCUCGUGGAGAGACCACUGGUACCCCGUCUCCCUCGUCGAGGACCUCGACCCCAGCCUCCCCACCCCCUUCCAGCUCCUCAACCGCGAUCUCGUCCUCUGGAAGGACCCCCGCUCCGGCGACUGGCUCGCCUUCGACGACCGGUGCCCCCACCGCCUCGCCCCUCUCUCCGAGGGGAGAAUCGACGAAGAUGGUUGCUUGCAGUGCUCGUACCAUGGAUGGUCCUUCGAUAGGACUGGUUCCUGCGUCCGGAUCCCGCAGGCCUCGUCUGAAGGCCCCGAGGCUCGCGCCAUCCUAUCGCCCAGGGCUUGCGUGGCCAAGCUCCCUACCCUCGUCUCCCAGGGUUUGCUCUUUGUCUGGCCAGACGAGAAUGGAUGGGAGAAAGCUGCCGCUACCAAACCUCCCAUGUUGCCUGAAGAUUUCAAUGAUCCCAGUUUUUCAACGGUGACGAUCCAACGAGACCUAUUCUAUGGCUAUGAUACUCUGAUGGAGAAUGUCUCUGAUCCAUCUCAUAUUGAUUUUGCACAUCAUAAGGUAACUGGAAGAAGGGAUAGAGCCAAACCUUUGCCAUUUAAGAUGGAAUCUAGUGGUGUUUGGGGGUUUGCUGGGUCAGAUUCUGGGAAUCCUCGUAUCAGUGCUAAGUUUGUUGCCCCUUGUUAUUACAUGAAUAAGAUAGAAAUUGACACAAAACUGCCCUUUUUUGGAGAUCAGAAAUGGGUAAUAUGGAUCUGUUCCUUUAAUAUACCUAUGGCCCCAGGAAAGACUCGUUCCAUUGUUUGUAGUGCUCGAAACUUUUUUCAGUUCACAAUGCCUGGGCCUGCAUGGUGGCAGCUGGUCCCUCGCUGGUACGAGCACUGGACUUCGAAUAAGGUCUAUGAUGGUGACAUGAUUGUGCUUCAGGGUCAAGAGAAGAUAUUCCUUUCUAAAUCAAAGGAGGCUUCAGCUGAUGUCAAUCAGCAAUAUACAAAAAUCACGUUUACACCCACUCAGGCAGACCGCUUGGUUUUAGCAUUCCGGAAUUGGUUGAGAAGAUACGGGAACAGCCAGCCUGACUGGUUUGGCUAUGCUGACCAACAAUCCUUGCCUUCCACAUUUCUCUCAAAACGGCAG